AUGUCUUCGAAGUCAAAAUCUAAACAACCUUCGCUGAAAUCAAUUUCCGCUACUGAUGGAAAACGAGAAACUGACACUGAAACUGACCAGAGCCAAAAAGAACAUACAACGCUUACGAAUAGAGCGCAGGUUAGAUGCAUGUCAACCUCAAAUCCCAUAAUAGGCGUGGUUGUUUUUCGAGAUCAACAGUCACAGCAAACCAAUGAAUCUGAUUCAGAAGGAUCCUCACAAGCUGAAGGAGAAUCAAAUGAGGACUUAACAUCGUCAGAAGAGGAGUCGAACGAGGCGCUCGAAGAGGAAGAGGAGGAUCAACGAAGCAGAAAGCGAAGACGUGCAGUCACAAAAGAUCCCAAUGCGCCAAAACGACCACGAAAUGCCUUCUUGAUUUAUUGCAAGGAUGAACGAGAGCAGGCUAAAGAAGAAAAUAAAGGCUUUCAGAAUGUUACACGAAUCCUCAGUCAACGGUGGAAAGAUCUUUCGGCUGAAGAGAAAAAGAAAUACUUCGACAAAUAUGAUAAAGAAAAACAGCGUUAUGAAAAAGAAAUGUCCUCAUACGUAGGGACAUCUGCGACCAGUAAUUUUGGUGAUGAUGAUCCUCCAAAUCCUAAUUCUAAUAGUAAGCAGCAACGUCCAGACGCAACAUCCGUAACAUUAGAUACUACAGGAUUGCAUCAGAAACGUAAAUAUCGUAAAUCGCGAGAUAAUCAUAUAGAACAAUUUAAAAAUAAUUCAAUGGUAAAUACUAGUAAUAAUGUUAAUACUGUUCACAAUAACGAUGAUGAUAAAAUAGGAAUAGAUGAGGAAAUAGAGGAAAAUUUGGACGAAAACGACGAAGAGAUGAGUGAAGAAAUUGAUCAAUUAAGGGACGAUAUUGAUGAAAAUCGGAAAAGUGUGGAAGAUGAGGAAUAUGAGAAUAAUGAAGCUGAAGACAAUGCUAUUCUAGAGGAUAAUGGCGGAACGGGAACAGAAACAGAAAAUGAGGAUGUCUACUAG